AUGGGCUGCGCCCCAUAUCCCGCUACUCGAUGUAGCGGCGGUACUUCGAUCGAGCCAUUUCGGAGGAGACGUCGUGUCCAGUUAUCGAAUCGAUUUCGGAAGAGGGACAGGCACGGUGUUGGCGGCGGCGAUAAGUCCGACGAGGACAGCAGUGACGACGAGGACAGUGGCGACAAGGACAGUGGCGACGAGGACAGCGACGAGGACAGCGGCAACGGACGUAAAUCCAAGAUCAAAUCGAAGACCACUACUUCCCAAACGUCGAAGCCUCCCCCUGUUCCCCCCCCUGCCGGUCCUCUCCCUCCGCCCGUAGCUCCGGCUCCCACUGCACCCUCUCUCUCUCCCUCGUCCACGCCACCCGCCACAUUGACUCCUACCCCACCUCCUGCUCCCUUACCAACACCCAUGGCGGCAACGUUAACGACACCGACAACUCCUACGGUGGCAAUAACGCCAACUCCACCGUCCUCUGGGUUUGUUCCGGGCGAACAAUCGAGUAGCACCACUUCACCAAGCGUUUUGAGCGUGCAGACCACUAUCAUUACAAGCAGCCAAUCGCAGGCCGUCAUCAUUACUUCUGAUAGCGGAAUACCCUACACAUCGAGCAUGACAAGUUCAGAACCCAGUAAACUAACUCCUACAAACAAUGUCGAACCCCAGCGGCGUAGAUCCGACCGACUGCCCAUUAUUCUUGGUUCUGUCUCUGGAGCGUUAGGCUUAUUCGUCGUCUGUUUGCUCGGUUGGUUGAUCUAUGCGAGGCGCAGAAGACGAAAGAGGCGAAGAUCACUCCAAGUGAAUUGGGAUCACUUCUACGAGUGGAAGAGCCGCUACUCGAGCGGGUCCAUCGUCAAGGUUGAGGAGCUGGAAGAAGAAACAUUGGAAGAGGGAAAGACUCCGCGCUGGCCUGAGCCUCAGGAAGGCCGGCCUAUCUCCGCACGAUUCUCUUCGCUGCGCCAUUCAAUACCCAGACGCUCUAGUAGGGAACCUAGCCCCAGGAGAAAAUCCGCAGUGUCGGCCGUGGGUAUCGAUGACGACACGAGCGCGACAAAGACCAACUUUGCGGUCACCGCACCAUCAGCCCCGCUUCCAGUGUACCACCCACUUGGUAGUCAGAACAUUCCAUCAGCCCAGGAACUAUCUGUGCCCCAAUACUAUCACUCGCAUCAACCCGCAUCGCCGCUCUUUGCACCUAAUACUUUUGAUGACAUCUUGCGCGGAGUCGUCUCCCAUAAUAUACAGGCCGUAUCCAAACAUCAGGAUCGACAGUAG